CGAUGGUCGGCCAUGCUGGUCAGUCACGCCGAAUAACACGAUUUGAAUCGUAUGUGAUGCGAGCCGUCCACCCGAGAUUGACCUGCGAUCAGCGCCUUUUACACUGCCCUCUAGAACUGAGCGAUGUGUGCUCGUCGCCUGGGUAAAUAUAGAAGAUCACAUCGAGGCGUCUUCUCGUCUAACCUUCUGCCCACUCUCUUUCAUCAUCUCACCCCCGGCCGCGAUGGCUUCUGAACUGUCUCUGACGCUGUCGAUACCUCAGCUUCUCCAAUUCAGAGUUUGCCUCGGACUCACAGACGGACCUCCUAGUCUCCAUCUCGACACAUCACAGCCGUCGCUGAGUGCACCAACCGCAGACUACUCUGGCGUCGAUGUCAAGAUCGAGACGCAUAUCGUCAACGGCCAACGAACACUGCGAGUCUUCGCUGCAGAGAAGCCGGGCCAACAGCAGUCCGCGAAGCCAUCCUCGCUUCCUCCCGCAACGAGCACCUUCUAUAACCAUGACUUGUACUCAUCACAACCGAACGUGGGUGAGCAGUCUGCGGCACCAUCGCCUCAGAUGUCAUCACAGGCAUUGCCAGUAUCGUACGAUUUCCCUAUACAAGACACCUUCAUGAACGACAUGAGCUCAAUGUCCUACUCUAACCCCGCGAGUUUCUCGGCUGUCCUAGGAUCGACGGACAGCACGUUCUUCCAGGACUUCAUGCAAUCUCAGGCUGAGCACGACCAACGGAUAAUUUCCAUACCUUCCUAUGAUACGCAUGAACAACUCGAGCAGUGUACUCGGGCACCACCCCCAUCCGAAGCCACCACACCCGCCGUGUCUCGUUCAGCCACCCCUACACCCACACUUGAAAAGCAAUCAACGGGCGCGGAGCAAGCAGUCUCGCGCAAACGCCCUCGCCGUUUCCCAUGCCUGGACCCGUCUUGUCCCCGCCGUUUCGCCAGCAAGUACACACUCAACCUUCACAUGACGACGCACCGUCAGAGCCCGCGGGUGCGCUAUCCGUGCGAGAUGGGCUGCGCAGAAACGUUCUCCCGCCAGCACGACCGCCUCCGCCACGAGGUGUCAAAACAUGGCCGCGUCUGCGAGUGGCUGUGCAACCGAUGCCGCCAUGUCUUCUCGACUCAGGGCACGCGAGAUAAGCACCGGUGCGCUGAGGUGAAUCUCUCAUCUCCAGACUCCAAUUCUUCGGGGAGCUAGUGGGACGGCGGGGUAUGGAUGAACCGCGGAGCGGUUUUCUCUGGGACGUUAGACAACAGACGGUUUUUUCCCGUCAUAGACGCCGCUGACACGCAGGACGACGUCAGUGUCGGUGCUCAUACAUUGGACUCUCAUUGACAUCCGGUGAAUCACAUCAAAAAGAAGCUUUCAUACGCGGGUACUGUAUAGCACAGUACUUCCGAUUUCUUCUCAUCUUACAUGCAAGCUACUACCAUGGGACGCUCUAUGCACUAGGAUACUUAUCUGAUACGUAUGGUCGGACCACACAUGCUACUUGACUCUGUAUUGUAAUGUAAUGGCAGGAAUUGUGCUGGUAUCUUUUUUUUUAUCUUUGUUUUGG